ACAUCAGUUAAAAGUGUUAACCCUUAUGUCUAUCUCACACUGAGCAGUGUUUUCCAUGUGUUGAGGAAUGCUGUCGAGUGAGUUCUUUAUGGGAGGGACAUUCAAGUUCCAACAACCAUCUCGUUGCAGAAUAAUUUCCAUGGUACGGCGCUUCAUGGCAGUUAUGGUCUCAAGUGUUUGGCUCAGAGUUUUGUGUGUUUUCUGUUUGAUCGUGGUACCAUAAGUAUGGGCGAAGGAGGAUUGCACUUCGUACACAGAUUCACAAAAUAAAUACCAUGCUUUGAAGAGGUGUGAAAAGUAUUGCUGUGGUAAUUGCAGUAAUAAAUAUUGCUGCGGGGGAAAAAAACAAUAAGCGUUUCACUGAAGAAUAACAAGCUAACUGUCAAAACUGGUGUGUCUUUGCUUUUCCCUUUCUCAUUACCAAAUGUUUAGUCAUAAUUCAUAGUGUGACUUUCAAAAGAUGUUAUGAAAACAUUGCUUACUUUUCUUUUUGAAGGUAUUCCUCCACUCCAGACACUAUGGAGUCUAUUGCUACCUCCACUGUUGUUACCUCCACUGUUGCUACCUCCACAUCAGUGGAAGUAGCAAUCAUUAUUGGUGAAGUUAUUGCCAUCAUCAUAUGUGUGUGUCUUAUCUGCUUUGUGGCUCCAUGUUGUUUGUUCUACAAAUUGUGCAGAAAACCACGCAACCAAAGACAAACAGUGGUAACAAACACUGCAGCCAACAUGCCCCAGCCUCACUACUCACCAUCUGGAUAUCAAGCACAGCCUCCAGAUUACCAGGGCGUGGCAGGAGACGAAGGCUCCACGGUGCCCAACACUCCGCCACCAUCAUAUAUGGAGAGCACUUCUCCAUCGUACCCAGCUCCUUUUGUACCAUGGCCUCCCAAUCAGCCUAGCACACCUCCACUACCUUCAGAUGAAAUUGAACUAGACCCCUACAAUCCUAUAUAUACCACAACAUUGAUCUGAAAGCUUGCUACUCAGUUAAACUGUAUAUUUCAAAGAUCUAGUUCAACAAUUUUGGUAUUUUCAUUGUCCUGAAAAAAUCACUGUAGGGAGAUGAAUCAGAACAAUAUUUGUAGAGAACUGAAUAUGUACUACUGCUUUAUUGGUGUCUGUUUGUGUAGCUGUCAUCUUUCACACUCUUGUGUAAAAUGUGAACAAAAGUCAGCUAUCCUGUUCACAUGCAAAUAUUUUCUCAUUAUGGUCAAAUUUACAGUGUGAAAUUCAGAAAACUAUUUGUGUGUUCAUGUUCAUUCAUCAUCUCUGCAGAAAAGUUCCAUUAGUUCUUCGUUUCUCUGUUAAGAGUAAAUUGAAAAUGAAAGUAUAUGCAAAACAAACAAAAAACGGGUUUAUCUGACAUGACUGAGAUUCUUAUAGUAGCCCAGCAGAGGGCGCCUCUGACUCUGUUCUUUGUAAAUAUUUGUGUCUAAACCCGUUUCUGCUUCCCGUUUUUCUCUCAGUUUUGUCCAGUUUUUCAAUGCAUUGUUGUGUGUUAGUAGGUUUAUGGUCACAAGGUCUGCCUUGUUACAUUUCUGUUUGGUUGUUAAGUAUCUGCAUAAACUCUGCAGAAGAUCAUGAAUAAACUUCUAUUUUUUUAAAAAACAAACGUAUCUUUCUGUUUUUGUUGUUCCUGGAGUAAAUAUGC